UAUGUAUACAUGUGUGUGUGUAUACAUGUUCAUGCCCCAAUUUGAACUCUUCAACUGAAUUCAAUUCAAAACCCUCGUGGCUUCUGCGAGUCUCCCAGUUCCUAAUUUUCUAUUCAACAUAACCCAAUUCACAAUUAUUUCAAACCAAAACGGGUUUCCAAGAGGAGGACUCGAUUUUCUGCACUUUUUGUCUUCUACGUGUUCCAAGAAUUACAUUCAGUAAACUUCCAUAUAUAUACGUUUCAUGAUUUUCCAGUCCUUUUCCUCUAUAAAAGGUGCACGCUAGCUUCCCAUUUGGGAGCGUACUCAGGUUCUUUCUUCUACCACACAAGAGGAAUGGAAACAGUGGCUAUCAGACCAAUGGACUUCGAGUCCAAGGAAGGAGAGAUCACACUGAGAACAAGCAGUUGCAAGAAGCGAAGUUGCAGCGAUUUCUAUAAACCUGAUAAGCUUGAUGAAGUUAUUGCCAAAGAAUCUACAUGUCCAAAUAAAAGGAAGGCAGCGAAUCUGAAGCUCCAAACCACGUUCUCAUUCAAAUAUCUAAUCCCUCAGAAUUCCCAUUUGGAGGAAAAACUCGAGGACACGUACUUGUUCAACAAACAAAACUCCACAGUCCUGCUAGCAAAACCAGAAACAACAUGGUUCUCUCCGAAGUCCAUUGGAGAGCUUGAGGUAGCUGCAAUUAAGGUGCAGAAAGUUUACAGGAGUUAUAGGACACGAAGGAAUCUAGCAGAUUGUGCAGUUGUUUGUGAGGAACUCUGGUGGAAAGCUAUAGACUUUGUAACACUGAACCGAUGCUCUGUAUCAUAUUUUGACUCUGAUAAAUCAGAACCAGCUCUUUCAAAAUGGGCGAGAGCAAGGACCAUGGCUGCUAAGGUGGGAAAAGGUUUGUCCAAAGAUGAGAUGGCCCAGAAAUUAGCGCUAAGGCACUGGCUUGAAGCUAUUGAUCCUCGUCAUCGAUAUGGCCACAACCUUCACAUCUACUAUGAUGUCUGGUUUCAUAGCCAGAGCUCUCAACCUUUUUUCUACUGGUUGGAUGUUGGAGAUGGGAAAGAAGUAAAUCUGGAGGAGUGCCCAAGAAGCAAAUUAAUAAAGCAGUGCAUAAAGUACCUGGGACCUAAAGAGAGAAAGGCAUAUGAAGUGAGUUUGAAGUGUGGGAGGCUUGUUUAUACACAAAGCCAACAACUUGUACACACUCAUGAGGGAUCCAAGUGGAUUUUUGUCCUAAGUACGUCCAGAACUCUGUACAUUGGCGAGAAGAAGAAAGGCCAAUUUCAACACUCUAGCUUCCUUGCUGGAGGCGCCACCAUUGCUUCUGGAAGACUGGUUGCCCUCCAUGGUGUUCUUCAUGCUAUAUGGCCCUAUAGCGGUCAUUACUGCCCAACCAAGAAGAACUUCAAGGAAUUUCUUGGCUUCUUGCAAGAGCACAAUGUGGACUUGACAAAUGUAAAGACAUAUGCUGUAGAUGAAGACGUGCCUCCUCCUGAACCAGUAGAUGACAAGCAUCUGGGCCAGCAAUGCCUGUCUACGGCGGAAGCUAAUGUGGGUCCCAGCGAGGCAGCCAUUAGCACAGCAGAAGUGGUGGGUCACCACCACCACGGGACCACCACCACAACCAAGGUGGCCGUGGAAUCUUCUUCUUCUUCAUCUUCUUCUCAACAAAAAAUCGCUGACAGGUCUAUGUCAAGCAGCAGCAAAUGGACCACUGGAGCUGGUCCUCGUAUUGGUUGUGUCAGAGAUUACCCAACAAACCUCCGAGUUCAAGCCCUUCAACAGCUAAAUCUCUCUCCCAGACUCACUCAUAGUCAUCAUCACUCUAACCCUAAUUUCAUGAAGCUGCCUAUUCCCUCUCCAAGACCUUCUUCUCAAUUCCUCUUAUCGCCCAGACUUGUUCAUCUGAGUCUUCCUCAACCUCCUACCCCACUUAGGUAG